AUGCCUUUGCUCCUUUUUUUCCAGAAACUCUACACUCAAGCGGCAGCGCACCUCAAACGCGUACAGUUGGAAUUGGGAGGAAAUGCACCUUUCAUAAUCUUUGAAUCUGCUGAUCUCGAUUUGGCUGUGUCUCAGGUCGUGGCCUCAAAAUUCCGCUGCUCCGGUCAGGUAGGCAAGUUUGUUCUUCUUCUGCGUUUGAACACUGUGCCAAUUAUUAUUACUGACCAGUGUAAUGCCGAUUUCAAGUAG